GACCGCUAUUGUGUAUAGACGAUGAUUAUCUGAAUAACGUUAUUUUUUGGGAGUCGACUACUGGACAGCGUUACCUACAUCCUGUUGGCGGAAUGCAAAAGUCAAUUAGAAACCAUAACCACUAUUCUGAUUACUUGAGCAUCGGAUGCCUUUACAACCAUACUAACUUCUAUGCAAAUAUUCAGCCUUCAGACUUGGUAACCGCGUGUAUUUUUGACGUGAAGGGAAAAGCGAUAUCAUAA